CCCUCUCAGGCAUUACACAGGAAGGCUUUGCCACCAGCUUUUCCCCUCCAUGUGGCUGGGAAUUGGACAGUAACCCAAGACAUGGGGAUCCCAGCCGACGCAGGAAGGGGAAAACCCUUCCUGUUUUCGGUGCUGAUGUCCACAAUGGUGCUGUCUCCAACUUUGGCCAUCAAAGUUUACACAGCUAACGAGAUCCACGGCACACUGGGAUCUAAAAUUAAGCUCUCCUGUUCUUUCUGGUCCAAUGAGUGGAUCUCAGAUGACAUUUCCAUCACUUGGCACUUUCAGCCGGAACGUGGAAAGGACAGCAUUUCGAUAUUUCAUUAUGCCAAAGGCCAGCACUACAUUGACAAUGUCGGGUCCUUCAAGGAGCGCAUUGAGUGGAUCGGGGACCCUCGCUGGAAAGACGGCUCCAUUAUCAUCCAUGACCUGGAAUACACCGACAACGGGACCUACACUUGCGACGUCAAAAACCCACCAGACAUUGUAGGGAGAACAUCGCAAGUCACCCUCUACGUCUUUGAGAACGUCCCUACCAAAUACGGCCAAGUGCUGGGAGGCAUAAUCGGAGGCGUGCUGGCCGUGGUCCUGGUAGUCCUGCUGAUAGCUUAUCUCGUCAGGUACUGCUGGCUGAGGAGGCAAGCCACCCUCCAGAGGCGGCUCAGCGCUAUGGAGAAAGGGAAACUGAGGCUCGGAAAGGAUUCUUCCAAAAGACGCCAUCAGACUCCUGUCCUGUACGCCAUGCUGGACCACAGCCGUCUCACCAAAUCCAGUGAGAAGAAAUCCAGGGGAGGCCUGGGAGACUCACGCAAGGAUAAGAAAUAGCGGUUAGCCGGCAGAGAAGGUAUCGGGAAGAAGGCAGGCAAGAAACAGGUGGUCUUGACCAUUGAGAUGGAACCAAAGAGGGACCAACUCGAGGCUGAAGGCCUCAAGCCUGCCGUCAAAUCCCCCAGCAAGAACAGCCUCAAAAAUGCUCUCAUGAAUAUCAUUAAAAGCGAUUCAGCCAAGUAAUUUGAACACAGAACCUUUCCUAGCCCUCCUUUUCCUCCACCCAGCCCUCUUGGCUUGUUAGGGCCACCAGAUCUGGGCUGCAGUACUUCCGACUACCACUUGGGGGCAGUGAGGAGUCCAUUUUGGGUUGUCUGCUGCCCCCUGCUGGCCAUUUGGAAAACUGCGGCCCAGCAGUGAUAGCCCUAAUCAUCCUGUAAUGCAGUGUUUCUCCACCUUAUCAACCUUAAAAUGUGGGGUCUUCAACGCCCAGAAUUCUGGCUGGCGAAUUCUGGGCGUUGAAGUCCACCCAUCUUAAAGUUGCUGAGGUCGAGGAACACUGUUCGGAGGCAUAAACUACUAAUGUAGUAAUUCAGUUACUGCUGCAAUAGUGUUUAUAAUCAGAGACUGUUGGCAUCUGGCAUCAUCCUGCCCAUGAUGACCUGGCUUAAAUCCAUCUUUGUUCCUGCAAUUUUGGGGGAGGGACCUUCAUUUGCCUGGCAAAGUCGGACCCACUCAACCUACGAAGAAUUCCUAGGCUAAGAAAGCAAAGUUUAAGUGGAAAAUCCAAGCGAGGAUCCCUCCUCCAUAUUCCAGGUUCUUCUGUUACGGAUGUCUAGAAACAGACCUUGAUCAGCUACGAUCCAGCCUUUCAUGUUAGCACGUUCUUUCCACCCUUCUGAUGUGCCCCAAACUCACCAACUCAGCAUGCAGGUACAGAGAGAUGCUGCGUGUAGAUAGGUGAUCACAAAAUGUACAGGACAUUUGCUAUUCUCACUACAUUUUCACUGAAAGGGAAAUUUCCCCCAGGAAAUCCAUCAGGCCCUAGACCCCAUCCGUUGCCAUGAGGAUAAGCAAGCUGGGUGUCCCGUCAUUUCAACAACCCCAAUGCUUAUAAAUUGGCCAGAAAGAUGCAUAAUUCUCCCAAAGAGGUACCUUCUUCUGCCCCGUUGGCUGUGACCCUCUUCUGCUCCAUGACUUGA